UCUCCCGGCGUGCCCCGCGCCGCCGCCGCCGUGGGUGCGGGUGCGGGCCGCUCAUCGCCGCGCUGCUCCGCUCCGCGUCCUCCGGCCCGCCCUGUCCUGCCCACGGUCGCCAUGGGCUCCCUGCUCAGCCGGCGCAUCGCGGGCGUGGAGGACAUCGACAUCCAGGCCAACUCGGCCUACCGCUACCCGCCCAAGUCCGGAAACUACUUUGCAAGUCACUUCUUUAUGGGAGGCGAGAAGUUUGACACCCCUCACCCUGAGGGCUACCUUUUUGGCGAGAACAUGGAUCUAAACUUCCUUGGGAACAGACCUGUUCAGUUUCCCUAUAUAACUCCAGCUCCACAUGAGCCAGUGAAGACGCUGAGAAGUUUGGUGAAUAUCCGCAAAGACUCUCUCCGACUUGUGAGGUAUAAAGAUGAUGUUGACAGUCCUACUGAGGAGAAUGGGAAGCAGAAAGUCCUGUACAGCCUGGAGUUCACAUUUGAUGCAGAUGCCCGUGUUGCCAUCACAAUCUACUGCCAGGCUACGGAAGAGUUUGUUGGUGGCAUGGCAGUAUACAGCACAAAGAAUCCCGCUCUGCAGUCAGAGACAGUUCAUUACAAGAGAGGGGUAAGCCAGCAAUUCUCCCUGCCUUCCUUCAAGAUUGAUUUCUCAGACUGGAAGGAUGAUGAGCUUAACUUUGACUUGGAUCGUGGUGUGUUCCCUGUUGUCAUCCGAGCAGUGGUGGAUGAAGGUGAUGUGGUGGUUGAGGUGACAGGUCAUGCCCAUGUUCUUUUGGCUGCAUUUGAAAAGCACGUUGAUGGCAGUUUUUCUGUGAAGCCGUUAAAACAGAAGCAGAUCGUUGACCGGGUGAGCUAUCUGCUUCAGGAGAUCUAUGGCAUUGAGAACAAAAACAACCAAGAGACCAAGCCUUCAGAUGACGAGAACAGCGACAACAGUAAUGAGUGUGUGGUUUGCCUGUCAGACCUCCGUGACACCCUCAUUCUGCCCUGCAGACACCUCUGUCUGUGCAAUUCCUGUGCUGACACCCUGCGCUACCAGGCCAACAACUGCCCCAUCUGCAGGCUGCCCUUCCGUGCCCUGCUGCAGAUCCGGGCUGUGAGGAAGAAGCCGGGGGCUCUGUCGCCAGUGUCAUUCAGCCCUGUCUUGGCACAGAGUGUUGACCAUGACGAGCACUCUUGUCCCUUUAAACCCCUUAAAGUGAGCACUGUCUCCCUGCCCAACAGGAAACCUAGAAGGGAAACAAGCUCUGACAACGUCCCUCCAGGCUAUGAGCCCAUUUCCUUGCUGGAAGCGCUGAAUGGCCUUCGCUCUGUUUCCCCCUCCAUCCCAUCGGCUCCUCUGUAUGAUGAAAUCAACUACUCUGGCAUGGUGGAUGGGAUGCCACCUGCGAGCCGACCACUUGUUGGGAUGGACAGAGCCGUGGAGAGUGGCCACCAAAAGGGCAAGCGCAGCAAGUCUCCAGAUAGCACACUACGGUCUCCCUCAUCCCCGAUCCACGAGGAGGAUGAAGAGAAGCUCUCUGAGGACUCUGACUCACAGCCAGCACUGAGCGGGGGUGAGCUGGUCCUGAGAGAGACCAGCUCUCCAGAAAGUAUGACAGGGGAAGAGAUCGAGGAGGCCUCAUCCCUGCAGCAGGGUAGCCGCCCACCCUCCGUCGAAGAUGUUCUGCAGGAUGGCAGCUGCGGCGAGCACAGGAGCCUGACGCAGUCAGAGAGCGACCCUCCGGUAGACGUCUACCUGCCAGCACUGGGUCCCGAUUCCUGCUCUAUUGGUAUAGAGGAGUAAGCUGGCUCAUCUGACUUCACCAAGAUGCUCCCUGGCCGUGGCACCAGCAGCCCCACGCAGCCCCUUCUCUUCGAGCAGAUGCGUCUUCAUCUGGAGGACGAGCAGAGCCUCUCGUGAGCAGGGCUGGACCUCCCUGUCUCUGCCACCGGACCCCAGACCCCACACACGGCCUGUCACCCCUCCCCAGCAGGGCUGGCUGGUGCUCACCACCCUGGGGGACCCAGUGUGUGUGGCACAUUGCACCCCGAUGUCAGCCCAGCUUGGCUUUUUUCUGUUUAAAAGACGUGCAUGUUUUCUGCCGGCUACGGCAAAGGGGUUGUGGGUAGGGGCUGGUGUUGUGUUUUUACGUGGGGUGGGGAUUUUGGGGUUAAAAAUCAGCAGAUGAAGGACACUACUGUUGUAUAUUUUGUACACACGGAGCACAGCCCUUUGCUGUCACUACCCCUGUACAUAGCUGCGGCCCUCCCUGGCUGCCCUGGCCCUGCUCUGGGCUCCACAGGGUGGGGGGCAUGGGGGUCAGCCUGGUCCCACCCUGUGGAGCCCUGCCUGUGCCGUGUGCCUUGUUCUGCUAUUAUGGUGGGGCCGGGGCAAGCCCAUUCCCCUCCCCCCCCCCCCCCUUCCCCUUCUUCCCCUUCUUCCCCCUCUAUGUUUGUAGUAAUAAACCCGUGGAGCACC